AUGAAGACAGAAUCUUCAACAGUUACUGUCUAUGAUAUUACACCUGUCAAAUUCGAUGAACUUUACUCAAAAUAUAACAAAACUCUUUCAUGUCCAUGCUCAACAAUCAGCAUGCCUCAUAAAACUUUUGUUUCCAAUAUAAUCAAAUUUCAUCCUGUUUGUAAGAGUAUUUUCGUGAAUCAAUCAUGGAUUGAAGCAUUAUAUUUAUUAAAUGCAAGUGAAUAUGGAGUAUGGGAUUUUCGAACAACAGCUAGUUCUCAGUUUGCACUUUUGUCUGAUUUUUGUUCAAUCACUGAAGACAUGAUUUCUGAGAUUGAAAAUGAUGUUGGAAACAAUGAUUUUAUUACCACUUAUCUUCUUACUGACACACAAGUUCAAUUCGAAGUGAAUAGUGCCAUUGAAUCUUCAAAAAACAGUGCAUCUACUCGAAUAAUUAUGUUCUUGAACUAUUUAAGAACAACUGUACGAGGAAACUUUUUAGUAUCAGCUCUUAAUACAAAUUUAAUAAUUGAAAUAUACACCGAUGAUAGUGAUGGGUUGGGUGCAGUUGCAUUGUCAAUAACAUAUUAUUCUACAAGUGGAUACGCUUUGUCCUGCAAGCAAGACAAUCCAACUAGUGCAGCUACUCUCAAUCCACUAUUAAAUGAUUAUAUGACUAGUGAACGUCUACGGAUAUUUGAAUCUAUGCCAAAUUCUACAAUCGUCAGUGGUUUCUUUGCAGCAUGUACUCCUCUCGAAGCUCUUAUUCAAAGUACACUUGAUUGCUUAUAUGAAAUAGAGUGUCUGCAAUUAUUAUCCGAUUAUUUUCCAGCUCUUAAUCAUGUACGUAUAACACUCUUUUAA